AUGGAUCGUUGGGAUUUGGAGAAGCGAUUUGAGCCCAAGCUGGUGACAUACCUGAAGCGGACUGGCGCACCUCCUCUCAAGGAGGAAUUGGAGCGCCUUGACCGGGAGUUGGCACAAGCUGCAGUUCCGCCGGUGUGUCGAUCUGGCUACUUGCUGGUUGUCUUCGGGGAAGUGAGUGAGAAGAGUACAGAUGAAGAUUUCCGAUACUUGCUGACUGGGAAGAAAGGAGAUGGCGCCAGGGAUGCCUCUCCGUCUCCCGAGAAGGCGAAGCCCGAAGCCAAGGAAGGUGAAAGUCAAGCUCCAGGUGUCAAAGAGCGCACUGAGCGCACAGAGCGUGCACGGCCUGGCGCGCCGCCCUUAGCAGAAAGCUGGAUGAUGGAAGAGGUCGACGCAACCUGCACCCGCUUCAAGCUGGAUGACGCCGUACGCAACCGCUUGAUCAACGCCAUGCGAUCUCGCGCCACCUUCAAGGAAGACAUGAGGACCUUGAAUGACGUGAUGCGAGCAGCGAGGCAUCCCAAAGGCGCCGUGCAGCUGAAGCUUCGCGAAAUCGAGCGUGGCACUUUCUCCGCGCGAAGCUAUUCGCCGCUGGGCCCCACACCGGCAGAGCGGCAGGACAUGGAGAGGGCCAAGGAAAAGAAGGAGGAGCCGAAGGAGAAGGAAGAAGAGCGAGAGAGGAGCCGAGAUCGAAAGCGGAGGAGCAGGUCACGGUCGAGAAGGCGUGACCGUGACUGA